AUGGCGAAACACAACAAUCCCACUACAAAAUUUGAUUGGGAAUCGAAAUGGCUCACAGGGGAGGAGUACAGCUACAUCCUUACAAAUAUUGAUUCCUAUUGUGCCGCUUACAAUAUGCAACGCUAUCCUUCCAGAUGCCACCCUAUUUCUAUAUACACGAAGCCACAAAACGGUCUGAUUUAUUUUGUCAAAGGUUCUUCAGUUGGCUCAGAAUUUGGCUUUCCUCGCGUUGAUAUCAAAAAAAGAUAUUCUAUAAUAAAAAUAAUCAAAACAUAUUAGAACAUAAAUUUCUAAAAAAAAAUAGUCGCAAAAGUUUAUUUUUAAUGCUCAAAAAUUAGCCAAAUUCAGUAUAUCGUUGGAAAAAAAUGAAUUUUACGACUGAGCUCCCAAAGCGUCAGCCAAUUGUCGUAUAUAUUGUAGCCUCAGCUGUAAAAAGUGAAAAAUAUGUCCCAGGGAACGAAAAACAAACCCCUUCAUAUAGGAUGCAUGCUGUAAUAUUAAAAAAUGCUAAUGAAGAUCCCUAUAUUCUUUGCCAUAUUCGAAAAUUAAACAAUACUGAAAGUCCACCUAGCCCAGAAACUCCUAUAAAGAAAAUUAAAACCAAAAAUAACCAAAUCGAGAACAAUGGGCUGCACGAGCUUUUAAACGCUGCAAACCAGCUGGUGCCUACCAUAAAAUCAAUUCCACUGUGUAUCGCUGAAAGUGGGACAAAGCCUAUGGAGUUUAAAGAUUUUGAAACAGAUUAUGUGUCAUUGUUUAGGAAUAGCAGCAUUGAUAAAUUCCCAGCACUUUCUGUAUAUUUCCAGCCGCUUUUUUAUAUAGAAAGUGAUAGUGACGAGUAUAAUUCUGUAGAGUAA